UACCUAAUUUAGUCUAUGGUGUAGUAUGCAUUGAUGUCGCGUUGCCCUUGACUCCCUCUAUCUAAUUACUGUUUUUAAAAGUUAUUUGCUUGAAAUUUACUGAAAUUGUUUAUCUAGGCUUUGCUUUGUUUCAUAUAAAUGUUUUAGAGAGUGUUAACAGUGAACUUUAAAGUGGUGUGUUCUUUAUUUUGUGUAGCGUCACCUGACUGAGCUCAUUGUCAUUUCCCGCCAUUGUGGCCUGUGAAUUCAACAUUAUAACAAUUUUCUGUGAGGAUUCCUCUGAAAUUAGAUGAAGAAUAAAUAAUAAGUGUACCUAAGUAAUGUCAUUACACGGUAAUGACGUUUGUUUGCUAGAAGUGGAAGAUUAUAACUUGUACGAAGAGGAGGCAUCGGAUCACGCUUUAUCCAGUGACAAGCUCUCAGGCUCUGGUAGUAAGACGAUGGAGGCAGAAAAAAGAAUUCGAAGAGAGAUUGCCAACAGUAAUGAACGCAGACGGAUGCAGAGCAUUAAUGCAGGCUUUCAGGCUUUGCGUACAUUAUUGCCCCGUCAUGAGGGAGAAAAACUAAGCAAAGCUGCAAUUUUACAGCAGACUGCUGAAUAUAUCUACAACUUGGAACAAGAAAAGACAAGACUCUUGUCUCAAAAUUGCCAGCUGAAGAGAUUACUCAAUCAACAUGAGGGUGGUGAAAUACCAUUAAAGAAAAGAAAAGGCGAAAUUAUUACUCAUGUGCCAGCUAUCAUUCCUGAUUCUACAGAGGACACUCUUACCAAUUCACGAUCACCUGAACCUGUGCCUGUAAUAUCUGUGACCAGUGCACCACAGAAGAAAGAUUCAGAUACCAGUGAACUACGUGUUCAACUGGACCGUGAGCGGAGAUUGAGGCGCCACCUUGAAGAGCGCCUACAUGCUUUGGAAACUCAAAUUUAUCCUAACAAUGCCCAUGAACUAGCUCGGCCUGUUAUACAUUUUGAACAGACUGACCUACCAGAAUGCAAGCUUGAGAGUGAAGAGGUUGAAGCCCCGCAAGUAGUAGUAGAAGCACCAGUCGUUGUAGCUGCUCCACUAUUAGAAGCAGCUAUUAAAGCAGAGCCUCGAGUUGAAGUAGAGGUUCUUCCAGAUGCAGCACAUGAUGCUCCCUCGCGUUUGUAUCUCGCUAGCACUAGUCGACAGAACCUAGAAACCAUUGUGGAAGCGAUUCGUCAUCUUGAAGGAGAUCACUUGUUCCGCGAGGAGGCGGGUGAUGCGCCUCUAGCGCUCACUAAGAAGGCAGAACACCUGCCGCCCACUAGACCAGGUGUGAUCGUCGUGAAGCAUUCGUGAUCGUGUUAAACGUGUUUUUAGACUUUCAGCUCGCAAAAUUUGCUUCCGCUUAGCGAGCACUCCUGACCCUCCUCGAAUAUAGUUUUAAAAUUUUAGUUUUUUAAUUAUCUUUUCCAAAGUGACGAAUCGAUAAGUCUGCGUCUUUGUUUAUUUUUUUUAAGCGCAUUGAAGUCGAAUCGAUAAGUGGUAGAAUUAGCUGGAUGCGUUGUCGCGUAUGCCGAUCGGCGCUGUGCUUAGAUAAGUCUCAAAUGUAAUUAUUUUUAUGUUAACAUUUUAUGUUAAUUUGGCUUUCCACAAAUGUGAGCAUUGAUGGAAAGAGGAUUGACUGACUUAUGUAAGAUUAGAUGAUGGAAAAGUAGUACAGCAUGCCGCGUGCCAAUUUUAUUUCACAUCUUCAGGCAAGUUAUAAUAACAUUACAAGUGUGUUGAAUGUGAGAAAAUAUUAAAUCAUUAUAAUGCAUGAUUAUAUUGGUAGGUAAAUUGAAAAAAAAGUGUGAUACAUCCACUGAUGGCAAUAAUUUGUAAGGGAUUGUGAAAGGCUAUUUGUAAUAAUGCAGCAAUAUGACAAACAAAAAAAAUUAUUCUUUUUAGUGUAAUGCAUUUGGCUUAAGUAGUAAAUUUACCCUGCUUUCAGCUAGUCUAGCAGAGAAUUAAACUUUGUAUUGAUGGCAAAGUUUGUCAUCUACUUUAUUGCUAUUCUUUUAGCUUAUCUGGCUUUUAGUGAAAUGCAGGGUAUGUAGGCAUGCGGCUUAAAGACGUCAUUGACUUACUCAGUUGUUAACUAAAUUCAUUUAGAACCUUCAUAAUAACUAAAAAAUUGGUGUAUGAUAGUCACAUAAUAAUAAAUCAGUUGGUGCAUAGUAAAUAAUGGCUUGUCUAGAUAGUCUCAGGAUUAGACUCACCAGCAAACAUGUUGUUUGGGGUGCCAUUUAUAUUAUCAAUACUUAUUCGCUUAGACAAGAUGCUCGGAAUGCAAAAUAAUGGUGACAAAUCUCUUUUAUAAUUAAUUAAAGGUUGAUAGGAUCUAUUAUAAAUGUAAUCUAUUAAUAAUAAUAUUUAUCCAGUGUUGCUGCUUUUUUGUUCAUGUUAGGAUACCCAGUGUAAGUGUAUUUGUAUGUGACAUUAGUAAAUUAUAGGCGCUAUGUGCUGCCAUCCCUAAAUUUUAGAGCAUUCCAUGUUGUUGAAUUCUCCUCUUAAGAGUAAUUCUGCAUAUGAGAGUAGUUGAUUGGAACAUGAGUUGAAAGAUGUAUUGUAUUCAAUUUAACUGAUUAGUAUAAUUAUGUAUUGCUUCAUAUGAGCAUUCUUUAAUUGAAACUCUACUUUUAGGAUUUUAAUCAGUUAGGAUUUAUAUAAUAGGUAGUGUAGUUGACAACAAGUGACAAUGUGUAGCUAAACACAUCCCAUUUUACAGAUCCAAUAAUUAAGUAUGUUAAUAUAACAAAAAAUGUAUCAUGUCACAAGUGUAAUAAAAUAUAUAUUACAAGAAAGCACCUUACCUACACAGCUCACAUAUUUGUAAUGCGUGUCAUUAAAAGAAAAAUAAAACACGUCAAUCAAGUUGUUAAUAAAAAAAUUACCAGAUUAUUCUACCAAGUGGGUAACGAUUAAAUCAGCCUUUGGGGUAAAAGAUAUAGUGAACUAUCAUGUUUCACUGUUAUACUUUAAGAGUUAGAGUUCACAGUUCUUACAUUGUUCUGUGACUUAGGUAAUAUAAUAUUAUACAGUGAUUUAAUUAAUGUUUGCUUUAAUGUGCUGACAUUUUUGUUAAAAAUGUAAAAUGCCGUGCUCUUUUGUUAAUAUUUUUCUUAAUAAGUUUUGAAUUUAUUUUAAGUUUGACUCAGCAACAGAGUGGAUUAACAAGUACAACGCAUUGCAGACAUAAUGCUGUGGUCUUGUCCACAGGACCAUAUGAAUUUUUAAGACUGAUCAUUUAUUCAUUAUUAAGUUACGCUAGUUCAAGUCACCAUAUUGAUAGUAUAAUGUGUGUGUUACGUUUAUGUAGCUAUUUAUAUGUAUGUAUGUUGUGAUAUUGUAGUCCAAAAUUGUGUUGUGUGACCCUGACAGUUUUAUAAAGAUCCUCCAGCUGACAUUUAGCGAUAAUUUUGUCGAAUCAUUAUGGUAUUUACGGAUAGUAAAAAUUUUAAGUAGACAGAUUUCAGGUAAAAUACCAUUAUAUUAUAGUAAUUAAGAUUUUAUAAACUAAGGAUCUCUCUAACUCUGUCAGGUUUAUAGUGUUGUGGUGUGAUAAAAUAUUUUUCUGUGCAUGUGGUUAAUAGUACUUUGUCAAUUUGAUAAACAUCGGGCUCUAAACAUGAAAUUUUAUUUUCUAACUCAACUGUUUUUGUGUAGUGGCCAUACCUUAUUAAGCAAUAUUAAAAAGGAAAAAAGACUUGUUUAAAUAUUAUUUUGACGACAUCUUUAUUAAUUUAUAAUUCGUUGUAAUAAUAUUUCGUGUUCAGUAGCCCUGGUUUCGUAUAUUAUCCGUUCUCGACGCUUACUUCGCACUCUGUUUCUGAGUCCGUAGUUCUAAGGAGUUGUCUGCCUACCGCCUUUACAUUAUGUCAGUAUAGGAUAAUUAACAAUGUAACAUAACGGACUUGGUUAUACUAUUAGUGUAGUCAAAAAUAGUAAUAAGAGAUUUUAAGUCAAAGAAGCAAGUUAAAUUGUUUAAAAUGUGUUAUUAUUUAUGUCUUAAAGUAUUAAAAUGGUUAUUUCUUAUUAAUUAGUUUGUAAAUGAUGAUCGUCUGUAUAUUUAAUCGACCUCUUUUCUUUGUAUAUUAGGCUAAAAACCAAUGAAACAUAAUUUCUUUGAAUUUUGCUUUCCUUCAUUACUAUUAUAUAAAAAUAGUAUAAAAUUUUAGAAAGUUGAUAUUGCUUUCCUUGCUACUAGGAAAUCUGUAUUAACUACAUAAGGGAACUGCAUUUUUAUGCAAAUUCGAUAUCCGACAGUUUUAGAUCCAGGAUAUCUAUACCUAACUUAAAACACAUCAAAAUAAUUAAUUGCUUAAAUGCUAUUGUUUUUGUAAUAUUCUCAUAGUUAGGAUUACGAAAUGUGACAUGUUCUAUUGGUUUUUAGCAUUCAAUGUGAAUAUUUCCAUUUUCUACACUCUAUCGCAUUUUAUAGUACCUUAAGAGGUACAAGUGACUGUUAAUUUAAAGAAUAUGUUGAUUGACAUAAUCGUAUUAAGCGAUUACAACCGAUUAAUUAUAUUGUUUUCGCAUACGUAUGAUCUUAAUAUUGCAUCUACUAAUAUUAUUACCCUCUAAUAAUGUCUGUCAUAAAUUAAUUGAGUAAAUAUAUUGUUAUACCUUAUUUCUUAUACUGUUUAUAAGUCUGGAAUAUAAUGUUCGUACACCUGAUUCCGGCAGUUUGUAUUGCAUUUAUCAUAGGUUUUGUUUAAAUGAGCUUCAGAUUUACAAAUUUUGCAAGUCUUAUAUUUAGUGAUGGGGUGAACUUUUUCUCAAAAUGUACUUUCCUGCAAUUUAUUACAAUAAUACAUAGAAUAGUCAAUUUAUUUAGUAGAAUAGUCAACACAGGGCAGGACGAUAUUAAUCGGGUACAUCUAUUUAAGAACAUUAAAAUUAUUUUAUAUUCUUAAUAGAUUAUACAAUGUAUAUGCAAUGCGUAAUAUUAUUCAAUUUCACCCUCUCACUAAUAAGCUCAUGUUCCUAUACAGAUAAUUAUGGUAUAAUAUUUCUUACAGUUAAUAUAAUGAUAAAGUGUAGAAAAUAAUGCAUGGAUGUUUCCAUUUUGAUAUGAAAUUGAUAAAAAUAUUUGCUCUGAUUUUAAUUGUACCACAUUUGACCUAUAUUUACCAAUAUUUAUAAAAGAUUGAUA